AUGAAUAAGCGCAGAGUCUUCAGUGCUGAGGCAGAUACUCGAGCCAAAGCUCUGAAUUUGCUGGUUCGAGAAAAAUGCAAAAGUGACAAGAGAAAAGCAGUAGCAGACGCUUUGACAGCAAAGCUCACAGCAAAAUAUGCCAAGCAAGAUCCAACAUUUGCCUCGACUAUCAUGUCAAUGACUACUCAGCUUUUAAUGUACUCGCAAAGAAGGGUGAUGGAGGCAGAUAUUGUGGCGUUGGAAGCAAUUGUCAAGAAGAUGAGUAUGGAGCGUCAGAAGUUAGAGCAUGUGAAUGGAAGAAUAGAAGGUCAGAGUGCUCGAGAAAGUCAUAGAGAAACAGCACAAAGUGCUGGAUCUGAACGAGCAUCAAAUAGGCCAGUAAUUAAUUUAGCAGAUCUCAAGAAACAUGAUGAGUGGCAAGAAAAAGUCAAGUCUCAAAAGUUCGAGAAAAAAAUGAAAGAAGAAGAGUUUGAGCAUCAACUGCACGAUCUGACUAAGUGGCGAGGAGAGGAGAGCAUUAAAUUACAGCGAGAGCAAGAAUGCAUGUUGAAAGUCCGUCGGGAACGAGACGAGCAGCUUAGAAUAAAGAAAAGUGCGAUAGAAGAACGUGAAGCUAAGCGAAAACAAGAAGAAGCAGAAGAGGUCGAGCGUGUACGAGCAGAAUUGAAGCGUCAAGAGAUUCAAGCUCGUCAUCGUCGUGAGGUCGAACAUGCGCGUAUGAAAAAAUUUCAGACUGAGAACUCACUGAUCCAAAGUCAGAAAAGCCUCGUAAAGCUUCAAGAACAUCAAGAAGAUGUGGAGCUUAUGGAAGCUUAUGCUCGACGGUUAGAAAAAGAGGAUGACGAGCGGAUGCGUCGAUUGCAAUCAAAUCUUCGAAAACGUGACCAACGGAUGGAAAUUGCCGAAUCCAUUCAGACACAGAUAAAGCAGAAAGCACUCGAGGACGAGCGCCGUGCAGAAGAGCAUCAGAGAAAAAAGAAUGCAGCUGACCAAUUAGUGCAAUUGCAAAAGCAAGAUGCGGAUCGAAAGGAGGCACUUGAGCGCCAGCAGUUCUUGCUAGAACAACGGGCAGAGAAGAAACACCGAGAGCGUAAAGAAGUUGAGGAUGAUCUGACAUUUGCACGUCAGUAUCAUUCCGAAGCCCAAGCCGCACUUAAAGCUCAACAAUGUCAAGAUCGAGAGACUCGUCAUCGAAAUAAAAGUUUUCAGGAAAAGCUAAUAGCACAAAUGGCCGAGCAGAGACAAAAUCAAUCAAAGUCAUCGAUGCACUUAUCUCGGACUUUUAUGAAUAGCCGCGAGAGGCGCUUGAAUGCAAAGCUUUUACAAAAGCUUGAAGACCCUGAAAUAGGUCAAAAGGUUCUGAAGGUACUUAGCCCUCUGAAUGAAGUGCCUAUCAUUGCGACUACUUUCUAUUAA